AUGUGGAAUAAAAUGUGGAGUUUGUUUUUAAUUUUAAUCAAUAUUUUACGAAUAAAAGGUGGUUCGCAGUUUAGUAAUUGCCUAGGUAAUUCAAAUUAUCAAGGAAUUAUUGACUAUACAAAAAGCGAUCCUGGAAUAUAUAAUUAUGGAUUCACUUAUGGUUGUUAUAAUGGCAAAUGUUCUGGAUUUCCCAAUCCUUUCUCCGAAUUGGAUAUAACUUUUCAGUGCGCUAAUAUUAGCCAAUCGACUUUUUGCAUUGCUACCGGUUCCAGUAGGACUGGCGCAUAUGGAGGUUUAUGUGGAGGAAUAGUGGGUAAUACAAUAGCAACUAAUUUUUCGAAUGCUAAUGCUGUGAAUGGGUGUCCUUCUCUUAAUGCUGUAGCUAAUGCUCUAUUAAUUGGUCCGACUACUGAUACGGCUUUCACCUGGUUAUGUUGUGAUAAUUCUUUAAAUAGUUGCAAACCACUAAGUAAUGUUCCGAUAAAUAAUGGUUGGGCAACAACAAACUGCGGUCAUGGUAUCUUAUUCAACGGUUUAAUGUGUUUCGCUGAUAAUGGUGGUUGGGCAUGCGCUGGUGGCCAGAACAAUAUAGUGGCUGUCAACAAACAUCCAAUAUCUUCUAUGUAUAUGGGCAUUAGCUCAACUAGUGUUAAUAGUUGCAUAUUACAACUGGGAGGAAUAGGGUUAUCUAAUAACCUACUUUCAAAUUCAUCUUCAAACCCAUCUAAUAAGGGAGAUGACAAUUCAAGUGCUGUCUGUGAAAAUAAUAAUGUUAAACUCAUAGCAACUAUUAUUCCCUUAUGUGCUCUUUUAUUUUUAGCUAUUAUUUUAGUUUUUUAUUAUCGACACAAAUAUAAGAGAUCGGCAUAUUCUAGUGUUCAGGAAACCAAAGGCUAUCUAUCUCAAGUAGUAAAAAGUUCUGGAUAA